CUAUUAUAAAAUAUACACAUGCACACUCUGUCUUCUCCGAGAGAUAGAAAGGAAAAACAACUCCAUUGAAAAUGUCUUCUUUCUUAAGAUUGUGCUGGAUUAUUAUAAUUAUUUCCCAUAUAGUUCUGGUUCCGACUUCAAGUCGAAGGGCUCAUUAUAUCCUGGGGGAAGAUUUCCGUUCACCAGAAAUACUUUCAGAGGACAGCGUUUACGCUUCUCGAGCCGUUGAUUCUUUUGUUAGCUUUCUUUGCAGGUGUAUCUUUGUGUUGGCAGUAUUAGAGCUGUGGACUUGCGGUAAUACUCCAGCAAAUAUCAAAGAAGAAAAGUCAAGGUGCUGCCAUGAAAGAAGGAUAGAAGAUGAUGCCCAGGGGUCUCCAUGCUUCUGUCGAUUGCCGGAGAUGAAGCGAGAAGCAACUUCCAAGAAUGAUGGGUAUCUGUCGGCCACAACUAGACUGCUAGGAGCACGUGACAAAGGAAAAUCCCCAACAGAGAGAGGUUGGGGAGCUGCGGAAGAAGCUGGAUGCUGCUGCUAUUGCCCACCGGGCUAUUGAGGAGGCAUGGAGAUCCAAGGAGGAGGAGCUUAAGAAGAAAGUGUAAGAGGUUGGCCAUGUUGUUGUCUAGGUCUUCCGAUAUAGUGAGGCCUUCCGACAAGAGGUGGAGCAGGUGAUAGCUGAUAGCUGUUAUAUUUACUUGUGUUUAACAUAAGUAUUUAUAAGUAUUUGUUGAAGAAAGGAAGAGAAAUCGGGCAAACACCUUCAGAAUGAGAGCUAGAGCAUAAUACAUUGCGAUGAAGAGCUUUUUGGACCAAGAGGAUGACGUUCUGACCAUAAUUCAAGUAUAACUUAUUUUAUAGAACUCGAAAUAACUUGAUUAGAAUUUCAUGUGAAUGUUAACUCAAUAAGGUACAAAUGUUAUGAAGACGUCAUGGCCCGAAUAUGAAAGGAUCAAUACUCAAUCAACCAAUAAAGUCAGAUGUUGCUGAUGCGAUUUCAGGAUGCAUACCUCUCAGUGUUUUAUCCAUAUCUUUUGAUUGGAUGAAUAUGAUCACGUUAUUCAAGUUCUGGUGGAUAGAUGACUUCAUUAUCUACAACUUUGGUGAAGGUGUCAUGUCCAAAUUCGUAGCGGAACAUCCCCAAAAUCCAAAUAAAAAACUGGCGCCGGUCUGAUGAUUUUUGCACAUAUACACAAACCAGUAGCUUAACCGGCGCCGGGUUACCCCUAUAACCGGCGCCGGUUAUCUCAAAAUUCCAAAUUUUACCUGCAUUGAAAGAAGAACCGGCACCGGUUAAGCCUGAAACCGGCGCCGGUUAAGCCUGAUCCUGCUAAAACACAGCAACGUGCAAGCUUAUUCUUGAUAGGAAAACCUCAUCUUCCUCAUUGUUGAUCAAAUAUUGCCUCCAUACCUGAUUGUUGGGAUCGAAUAGACUAAAAGAUGUCAUUCUUUAGCCUAUAUAAAUCCCUUAUUUCAUCAAACAAAGACAUUCCAUUCCAUAGAUUAAUUCCUAGUUUUUUAUAUUUUAUUCUUGCUAUUGUUCUUCAAGUUCUUCAGAAGAAGCCUUUUUCUUCUCCUCUACAAUUGGUUCUAGG